CCGUAUCUCACCGGACCAGAAUCCAGAUUUGGAUUCAAAUCUGUAAACCCGAUCCGAUCAGACUUCGAGUUGGCGUGCCCUUUUCCUGCGUUUUCUUUUCUAGGGUUUUGCGAUUGAGAGCGGCAGCCAUGGCGGAGUCCAGCAGAGAACUCCUGGAUCAACCUUCGAGACCCUCAGUCCUCGAGACCCUUCUUUUGGGGAGCACGGAUUCUGCGCCCAAAAUCCCACGGAACAAUGCCCAAGUCGAAGGGAACGAGGAAGGAAUGCCUCUCACAACUGCAGUCCCUAAAAGCCAAGUUCUUGGAAAAGUGAAAGAUUUUUUAGGAAAUAUGGCUAAAGCUAAUGAAAAAUUGGAGCUUGAUGCACAAAAGAAUUCUCGUGCAGACUAUGAUAUAGAAGUUCUUAGUGGGAAUGAAAAAGAGUACAUUGAGAUGGAUUUGCUUUUGGGUGUUGCUGACCUCCAUACUGCUGAUGCUGUGGCAGCAGCUGAGUCCACGGUAGGUGGCUUUCGACCAACCAUGCACUCUGCUAGCAGCAGCUCCUCUGAGACAGAAGAUGAUACUGAUGAUGAUAAUAAUGAUAGUGGCAUUGAGGACACAACUACAUGUAAAUUAGACAAGCUUAAGAAAUCGAAUCCUGAAAAUGAUGAGUCAUUGCAUAAAAAUAAGCCAAAUAAGCGACCAAAGAUUGUUGUCCUCGACUGAUGUGGUUGUGUUUUACAGUGAGUGUUUCAUAGAGAACCAGAAUAUAGUGGUCGUCAAAGAGCAGCAGCUUCGGUCAUUACUUAAUGCUCUGCACAACCAUGAGUUUCUUUGUUUUUUUUGUUUGGAACAACUUCAACCAUGAGUUAACGUAUGAAUUUUUUUGUGUCCUUUUUUAAGUAUAUUGUGCUUCUU